UCUUGUCCCAUUCGUGAAGCAGCAGCAGCAGCAGCAGCGCGCUGCCUCCACCCGACCCUCCAUCUGCCACUUUAGAAGAAUGUGAAGACCUACGUGUUUUCUGAAAGUUAUUUUCAUGGAAAGAAAAGCCCCGGGUGCUGGACAAUGGGGUACGGGCAAAUCCUCCACCGGGGGGGGAACGAGGAGGACCAGGUGCUCCUCAACGUCGGAGGGGUCCGACGCGAAGUGGAUCCCAGCAUGCUGCUGCGCUUCCCUCACACGCGACUGGCCCGUCUGCUGCGCUGCCAAAGCGAGGCGGCGAUCCUCGAGCUGUGUGACGACUACGGCCCGUCGGAGAAGGAGUUCUACUUCGACAGGAAUCCCCACGUUUUCCUCAGCGUUCUCAACUUCUACCACACGGGACGUAUCCACAUGAUGGAGGAGGUGUGCGUCUUCUCCUUCAGCCAGGAGAUCGAGUACUGGGGGAUCCAGGAGCUCCACCUAAGCCCCUGCUGUAGCUACUGGUACCACGAGAGGAAAGAUUACAUUGAUGACAGAGACUGGGACGUGAGGAGCGACGACCAGCAGCAGCCGAGCCUCAACUCCUCCUUUGAAGAGCUUUCCGCUCUCGACAAAGACCUGGCCAAGUUCAAAGGUGCCUGGUGUUCAGAAGUGAGGAGCUACGUUUGGCUCAGGCUGGAGGAUCCAGGCCACUCAAGGGGUUCAAAGGUCAUCGCCGUGGCAUCUCUCGGCUUGGUGCUGACCUCCAUCGUUGCCAUGUGCGUCCACAGCAUGCCAGAGUAUCAGCAGGUGGACGAUAACGACAAACCCAUCGAGGACCCUGUCCUCGCCAUCCUGGAGGAGAUCUGCAUUGCCGGCUUCUCUGCAGAGUUCAUCAUUAGGCUAAUCGUUGCGCCCUCCCGCAGGAAGUUCCUUGGGAACCCCUUAAACAUCAUCGAUGUUGCUUCCAUUCUGCCGUUUUACGCCACUCUCGCUCUGGAAACGGCCGACGAAGAGGCCGCAGAGGAGAAUGAGGACUUGGAGAACGUGGCGAAGGUGGUGCAGGUUCUCCGCCUCAUGAGGAUUCUACGGAUCCUCAAACUGGCUCGCCACUCCGUCGGGCUGCGAGCGCUGGGCGCCACCGUUCGCCACAGCUACCAGGAGGUGGGUCUGCUCCUUCUCUUCCUCUCGGUGGGGAUUUCCAUCUUUUCAGCCCUCAUCUACUUUGCAGAGAAGGAAGUGGAGAACACAGAUUUGGGGACCAUCCCCUCAGGCUGGUGGUGGGCCACAAUCACCAUGACCACAGUGGGUUAUGGUGACACCUGCCCGGUGACGCUGGCAGGGAAGAUAGUGGCCACCUUGUGUAUCGUCUGUGGCCUGUUGGUGGUGGCUCUGCCCAUCACCAUCAUCUUCAAUAAGUUUUCAAAGUACUAUCAAAGAAACAAAGCCAUUGAGGAGCAGGGUAUCGUUAAGCCUGAAAGACCAGACCCCGAGCUCCCGUACUACAACAUCAGAGACCUGUUCACAGGAAGCGUGUAUCCUUUCAUCGGAAGUAUCGCCUUGAGGAACAGUGUGAGCAGCACGGGUGACACCACAGAUGCCUCUAGUCUCCAGGAUUUAGAGCUGUACGACAAUGACAAAGCAAAAUGAAAUUCUGCCAUUUCACAGUUGUCCUCUCUUUUAUGACUGAAAGUCACUCGUGUGUCUCUCAGGGCUUCUCCAUUGCUGACCCCGCCUUUCCCCAUGCUUGUGAUUGUCUCUCUUAGAAUUUCUACAUGGGAGGAGCUUAUGAAAUGUGCAGCGCCGCUAAAACCAGGAAACCUAGAGGGAUUUAUCUGAGCCUCGCUUGGAGGAUUGAAAGCCCAUUUUCUGCUUGAGAAAACUGCGAUGAUGCAUGGAGGAGGCCAUAAUGUUAAUGUUUUCUCAAAGUAAUGUCCUGUAUUGAUUUGUCUUCUCUGUGAAAGUUCAGACUGGGAUUUGGGCCGAAAGCCUGGAACGACAAGAAUGACAACGUGUUCAAUGUUUCAAAAUGGUAUUAUAGAUCUCGAAGUCCAUUGAUGUUAGACAAGCGCGCAUGAACAGAAUUAAUUACACUUUUGCAAUAUUAUGCAAUAUUAAAAUUAUGCAAUAUUAUUGAUGCUCCAGAGUAUCCCAGGUUAUUGUUAUUUAACUCUUCUAUUGGACAGUUUUUUGCUUGGUGACUCUUAAGAGAAAUUCAUGUGGAGAAAUUGUCGUUCCUUUCAAUUUUGUAAUGGCAUAAGUUAAAGAUUUUAACUCUGGUUGAUUGAAUUAUCUAUCGUCAUAUGUUGGUAACUAGAAUGACUAAAAUAUAAAUAUAAAGAACCACAAAGUAGUGGUGAAAUGUACUUUAUGGGAGACAUUAGAACAAAUAAAAUGAAAGGACCUCAAGUGAGUCUGUGGAAGGCCGAUCACUGAGCCAGCCUUUCUUAUUCCCUGGUAAAUGUCUCAGGUUAAAGGAAGGAAGGUUGACCUUGACAAUUAAUAGCUGCAAAUUCACUUUGCCUAUUAGCAAAAAAAGAUGUAUUCAUUUCAACCUGAAAUGUUAGUGUUUUCAAUGCAGUUGCAGAAUUAUUUUAUUUGUACUCUGUUGAUUGCUAAUCUAAUAACCUUUGUUGCAAUAAACAAAAUCGGACUGAGAUCAAUAGUG